GCGAUGUCUUUUGACCUGAGGCGGCUUUCUCAGGCCAUGUUGUAGAUAACGUGCUGGCUGCUUGUUAAUGCGAUUGUGUCUGCAGUGUUUAUAAAUAAUGGUGCUAACUGACGGAUAAUCAGUCAUGUUUCUCAAAACAUUAAGAAAUAUCAGUACACCUGUAAAGAAUCUCAGUGUUGAAGGAUGCAGUAUCUGCUUCCACAGGAGAUUUUCCAUAAUACCUUCAGGACAGAAGAACCUCCCCCCUCGCUACCUUGGUCAGCCUAGCCCCUUCACACACCCGCAUCUCCUUAAAACAGGCGAGGUCACUCCCGGGCUGUCACAGGUUGAAUAUGCUCUGCGUCGACAUAAACUGCUGAGCCUCAUCCACAAAGAAGCCGAGAGGUUGGGGACUUCUGAUCAUGCCAUCAUUCAGCUGUCCCACCCCACCUGCUACAUGACGAAUGACAUCCCGUUUCCCUUUCACCAGAACACAAACUUCCUCUACCUCUGCGGCUUUCAGGAGCCAGACAGCAUACUGCUACUCCACAGUAUUCCCGGAAAGAGCCUUCCUUCCCACAAAGCCGUCUUAUUUGUGCCAAGAAGGAACCAAAGCCGAGAGCUCUGGGAUGGACCACGCUCUGGGGUAGAUGGUGCAGUUUCCCUCACAGGUGUGGAUGAGGCCUACACUACAGAGGAAUUCAGACAUUACAUGCAGAGGUUUAAAGAUGAAGGGUGCACGGUGUGGUACGACAGUGAGCCAGUUGUUCACCCAAGGUUGCACGUAGAUUAUGUGCAGCCCCUUCUAGCCAUUAAGAUGCAGAGCAACAACAAAGUCCAACCAGUUCAGAGACUUAUUCAAUAUCUACGACUCACUAAGUCCGACACAGAGAUUGGACUCUUGAAAACGGCUGCAAAGGUCACCUCUGAGGCAUUCAUCAGCACAAUGUUCUCAACCAAGGCUCCAGUUGAUGAGGCCUAUCUUUAUGCAAAGUUUGACUUUGAGUGCCGAGCUCGUGGGGCGGACUUCUUGGCCUACCCUCCGGUCGUAGCUGGUGGCAAUCGCUCCAAUAUACUGCAUUAUGUGGAAAAUAACCAAAUGAUUAAGGAUGGGGAGAUGGUCUUAUUGGAUGGUGGUUGUGAGUAUUCUGGCUACGUCAGCGAUGUCACUCGCGUUUGGCCUGUCAAUGGAAGAUUCACGGGACCCCAGGCUGAGCUGUACCAGGCUGUCCUUGAUGUACAGAAAUUCUGCCUAAGCCUCUGCACUCCUGGUAUCAGUCUGGACAAUAUCUACACUUUCAUGCUGACCAUGCUUGGGCAAAAGCUGAAAGACAUGGGGAUCCUGCAGGAGAACUGUAAUCAAAAUGAUGCUUACAAGGCUGCUAUCAAUUACUGCCCACACCACGUUGGACAUUAUCUGGGAAUGGAUGUCCAUGACACGCCAGGCAUCUCCCGGUCUAUAGCCCUCCAACCUGGGAUGGUGGUGACAAUCGAACCUGGAAUCUACAUCCCAGAAGACAACACAUCAGCUCCAUCAAGAUUCCGAGGAAUGGGAAUUCGGAUUGAGGAUGAUGUUUUGAUAACAGAAGAGGGGCCAACUAUUCUAUCUGCAGAUUGUCCCAAAGAAUUACAUGAAUUAGAACAGAUCUGGACUGACCAUUAGCAAACAGCCCUUGCACUGAUACCUCCAUAAUUUAUAAUUAAAUGCUAUAAGGGACAAGAAGAUUCCCAGUUAAUGCUGCAACUCUAUUCACUGUUAUAGCUCUGCAAAGGUAUGUUGUGAUGCUAUCAGCCUAUUCAGAUAUGUAAAACUCGGAAUAGUAUUUAUCUAUCCUCCAGGACAUAAGUUAUAUAACAAGACACCGGAACGACACUUAAGAACUUUAUUUUAAAAUUAAAAUGAAGGACAAAUAUUGGCUGGUGAAUCAAAUUUGUGCUGCACAGACAUGGAAUGAUUGGACACUUUGAUCCCCAGUAACAGCCAGUUGUGAGAUAAAGACCCUUGGUCAAGUUGGAAACUCAACAUGGAAGAUGUCCUCUCUGACUUCAGAUUACGGAGAUGAUGGUUACUGUAUGGCACACCAGGUACUCCAUCUGGAUUUUCACUCUGAUAUCCACUACAGUUAGGAACCCAUUUAGCUCUCCUUUAAACAUUUGGUGUUGAUUGUCAUAAGCCUUCAGCUCCGUCCAAACCCUUUUCUGUAGAAGAGGUUUUUUAAUCAUAAUCUCUCCCAACUGUUAUCUUGGAAUUUUGAUAGCUGGCUUACGACCUCAACCUGCUUAAACUCUUAUACUGGUGAUGUGUGUUAGUGAAAUGCUGGUGUGGUGCUGAGUUGUACUGAGUGGAAGUGCUGUUCAACGUAUGCAGAAUUAUGUCGUGCUGCCAUCAAGUCCUUAGAUUUUGGGACUGUGCCACUGGAUGAGAGAAAUUAAAAAAAAAUCAGAGUUACCAUUCUGGAUCCAUGGCCGGUGUUCCCUCUAACAUCUGUUUGAUGUGUGCAGCUGCUUGUUGUACUGCAGAGUCCCUUUGAAAUUGAUCUGCAUCUUAACGAGAAUGUUUCUUGCAUGCAGCCUGUUUAUUCCCUGUGCUACAUAUUCCUGUCUGCCCAUCUGUACAGCACAGGGGACACAUUGCCUGUGUCCAUGCUAGAAAUUAUGUGUUUGUGUAAGUUCAGAAAGGUUGUAAUAUCUUUCUAAGUGAAAAACCCUUCAGAUGCUAUCAUCUUGUGGAGACAGGACAAUUGGAUUGGGUGCUAAAGGUCAUCAGAAGUUGAGGGUUGUUCUUUUUAAAUAGAGCUUUAGAAGCAAUGCAGGAUAUUACAGAUUAGAACAUAGAACAUUACAGCACAGUACAGGCCCUUCAGCCCUCGAUGUUGUGCCGACCUGUCAUACCGAUCUCAAGCCCAUCUAACCUACACUAUUCCAUGUACGUCCAUAUGCUUAUCCAAUGACGACUUAAAUGUACCUAAAGUUGGCGAAUCUACUACUGUUGCAGGCAAAGCGUCCCAUUCCCUUACUACUCUCUGAGUAAAGAAACUACCUCUGACAUCUGUCCUAUAUCUUUCACCCCUCAAUUUAAAGCUAUGCCCCGUCGUGCUCGCCGUCACCAUCCAAGGAAAAAGGCUCUCCCUAUCCAUCCUAUCUAACCCACUGAUUAUUUUAUAUGUUUCAAUUAAGUCACCUCUCAACCUUCUUCUCUCUAAUGAAAACAGCCUCAAGUCCCUCAGCCUUUCCUCGUAAGACCUUCCCUCCAUACCAGGCAACAUCCUAGUAAAUCUCCUCUGCACCCUUUCCAAAGCUUCCACAUCCUUCUUAUAAUGCGGUGACCAGAACUGUACACAAUACUCCAAGUGCGGCCGCACCAGAGUUUUGUACAGCUUCACCAUAACCUCUUGGUUCUGGAACUCGAUCCCUCUAUUAAUAAAAGCUAAAACACUGUAUACCUUCUUAAAAGCCCUAGUCUUACCUAUGUGUAGUAUUUUUAUAAGUUGUAUUGAUAAAAUUUUGUUGAAAAAAUGGCACAAAACAUUAAAAAAAACUAGAACUCAAUGUUUCACCUGUUUUUCUAAUCAACCUGUUCAGAGGUGUUAUUACACACCUUUGGAGCAGGUGGAACUUGACCCUAGGGUUCCUGAUCCAAGGACACUGCCACUGUGUCAAAAAAGGGCCCUUCAAAAAAUGCACUUUUGUGAAGUUGAGAGAAAGUCCUAUCUGUUUCAGGUAAAUUUUUCCCUCUCCCCAUAAUUGUUUUGACUCCUAUAACUAGGAGGAUGGAGCCGAUGAAACAUGUGACAGUAGACCUCAGGCAACUCCUUUAUUUCCCAUCCCUAGUCACAGGAUGUGUCUAGAUUCUGGUGCCCCAACACAAACACUCUCUGCAAUAAUGAAUCUGAAGUCUGCAACUUGGAAUUCUGCAACUUACAUGCUGUUCGGAACAGUUCAUUGGAACAACACAUCAUCUCACCCCUCCUUGCUUUUCAUGUUAUCUUUUACUUUUCAUUCUGAAAUUUUAUUAUUCUUCCUAAAUAAAAUGGAGGCACACUGGAAAUUGACAGCAUCUGAAAGAAAGAAAAAUGAUGAGAGAUAAUAGGAACUGCAGAUGCUGGAGAAUCUGACAUAACAAAGUGUAGAGCUGGAUGAACACAGCAGGCCAAGCAGCAUCU